CAGCCGGGUCAGUGUUUACAAAAGUACGCUUUUGACCCUGCAGGCGCCCGUACUUGUGCCAAGACUACAUUUCCCAUAUACACCUGGCAUCGGGAGCUCUUUCGUCAUGGCACCGCGUAAACCCUCCUCUUCCUCUCUGCUAGAGACGUCCUAUAGAAAGUCCAUCUUCAAAGGCUGUUGCGAUCUGCUCAGCUAAUUGGCUUAGAGGAGCAGCCCGUCCCUAAAUCGGCAAACAAGAUGGCGGCCGGUGUUUUUGUAGUGUGAGGUUGGGCCUUCGAGCGCCGCCGCGCGGUGUUGUCGCAAUCAGUUUCCUUGUGUGUGGAAGGCCGGACAUGUGGCCUGCGUGAGCGUGGGGAGGCGGACCGGCAGAUAGCAGGAGCCUGCAGCGGGAAGCAUUGCGCGCUGACACCGGGCGCACGCACAAGAGGCAGGCGGACCUCAUUGACGUAGCUGUUACUGACAUAAAAAAUGAAGAACAAUCCCUCAUACACAUCUGGAGCAAAUGACCAAGAAAGUGAUAAUGAAGAGAACAACAAGUGGACCAGCGUGGCAGCUCUGUGUUCAUCUGAAAGGUGUCCCAUAUGUCUAAAUGUUCUCACUCAAGAUGUUGGCUUUCCAGAAACUUGUUACCAUGCUUUCUGUUUGACCUGCAUUCUCAAAUGGUCUGAAACAUCUACGUCUUGUCCUGUUGACCGAAAACCUUUUCAAGUAGUGUGUAAAAUAAAUCCAGCUGGUGGAUCUACUAAGAUCCAUGUAAAACCGAGGCGACCAAGAUCAAAGUGCUGUUGCAAUGACAAUCUGUGGCAUUCCUUUUGCUGUGCAAAAGCCAAAACCUGGUGCAGAAGUGACACAAACAAGGAUUCUGCAAGUCAAAACUUUCAAUCCAACAAAUAUGAGACUAAACGAUGCAUAGUACAUGAAGAAAAACAGUUACUGGAUUUGGAGCUCAAGAAAUUAAGCUUACCCAACCGAUGUUUCAGUAGUGAUUUUGUGAACUUAUGUCCACUAAACCAGUCUGGUUUACCCCUGUGUGCUAAUAACAGUGAAUUUUCAGAAGACAGUGAAAUUCAUUUAGUACGACAGAAGAAUGAAGGACUGAAACAUCUAAGGCCUACAGUGUUGAGUCGAAGAUCUGAAUGCAUGAUGUCUCUUACUGCUGAAACAGAAACUGAAACGCUUCUCUCUCUACCAGCUACUUUUAGAUUGGAUAACUUUAUGUCCAUUUCUACUAGAAACAAAGGGUUUUUGAAGCGAACAUAUGUUAAUUCUAGCGCGCAGGAAGGCACAGAAAAAAAAGCUGCGUCUGGUGCAUCAAACAGAGGAACAAGAAAGAAAACUGUACAGUCCACCACUAGAAGGAGAUCUACACGAAACAGCAAAUCUGAAGAUACAAGCCAGCUUCCAGCUUCACCAAAAUCUAGCAGCUCUGAUCAUGAUGCCCCAGGGCACAAUAGUGGUUCUUUGAAUGUGUCACCAUCUGAACAACCGGGAAAAAAGCCUCCAAAACAAACUAAACGUUCUAAAAAAGGAACUCAAGUCAGAAAGCGUCUUAAGCCAGCAAAACAGACUCAAGAACAGUCAAACGAAAGUUCGGAGUCUGAAGAAGAACUUGAGAAGGAUAAAGUGUUUGUCAAGAAUUCAACAGAAACCGCAUCUUCUGAUAUUGAAACCUCUCCAACACACUAUGUAGACAGUGCAGAGCAGCGGUCUUCUUCUGGGUCUCCAUUUCAGAUAAAGUCUGAUGGUGAACUUUCCGCUCCUAUGGAUGGUGAACUUUCUGAUGAAAAAUUAUCAAAGUCCCCAUUAUCUCAAAAUGACAGUGAGUCUGAUUUAGAAGAUACAUCUACAUUCCCAGUCUUAAACAAUGCCCAUAGUUUAAAGGUAGCAAACUCUUUACUACCCACAGCCUCCGAGGAUCAGCUGGUGGAUGUUCUGCCACAAUCCAAAAUUGUGAAAAGCCAUUUGGAGUCUGAUGAAGGAGAUUGUUCAGAUUCUAAGUCACAUUUAUAUGAGACGGGGAACUCAACAUCUCCUGUUCCUGAAAAGCACCAUAAUUCUGACUGCUUGGAUUCCACUCUUUCGCCUUAUGCUAGCAGACAAGACGAGUCAUGUGAUGAUCAUUCUGUCUCUGGAAAGCAGGAUAACUCUGAUGGAGAGGAUACUGAAAACAUUUUACCUAUGGAAAGCCAUGAAACAAAUGGUCCAGAUAUUCUGUCUUCCACGGGUGGGAAUUUGCCAUUGACAAAGGAACACCUUCAAGAAUCACUUGCAUCUUUAGAUGGGAAUAAUUCUGAAGGGACAGAAUCUAGUGAUUAUUCAGACCUAAAGAAUGGGAAACACUCUCUGGAGUGUCAUUCGUUAGAAAGUGCUGGUAUGCCAUAUACGACUGCGGAAUCUCCAGCAUCUCGUACUACCCCCUCAACCUCCCAUGAUACUGAUUCCAGCACUGUGCUUCGGUCUGGCACAGAAGUUGCAAAUUCCAAUUCUGGUGAAACGCAGGAAGAUGUAAUUAUAUCCAAGGAAAAUCUCAAUGGGGAUAAAGCAACCAAUGGCGUAGACAGGAGUCGUCAAGAGAUUGAAUUAAAAGAAAAUAUUUCAUGGGAAGAUAUAUCAAGUGUACCAAAUAAGUACAAGAGUGGCAUCCCUGAAAUUCAUAUUACAACUGUGGUUCAGCAUUCCAGACAGGACUUAAGUAAAACAAAUGAAGUUAGUGAUGCUGAUUGUAUGGAUGAAAAUGGAAAGAGUUUUCAAUGUGCUCUUAAACAGGCAAAUACUCUCCAAACCCAAACCGCCUCUGAUCUAAAUAAUGAACAGAAAAGUGUAUUUUGUGAAGAUAAUAAUGAAUCUAUUGCAAUGGAGUGUGAAUCUCUUGAUAGUGAUCACAAUGAGUCUGAAAUUAGUCAGCCCAUGGAAAUAAAUAAAACAGAUGAAAGCAAAUGUAAUUUGGAGUCAUCAAUAGAAACAGAGGAGCCGAAAUCUGAAAGCACUGAAUGCAAACAUGUUAAUGAGGAUAAUACGAAUGAUACAUCUAAGAAAGAAACACGAACAAGAAAAUCAAGGUUUCAUUCCCCGUCAACUACUUGGUCCCCGCGGAAAACCGAUGUUAAAGAUAGGCAGAGAUCUCGCUCCCGUUCUAAAGGUAGAGACUCUCCUGGUAGACGUAAAUCGAGAUCACGCAGCAGAGAUAGAGAUGGAAAUCGUGAGCAUGGGGGACAGUGGAAAGGUCGCAGCAGAGAGAGAAGGUAUAGAAGGCAAUCUAGAUCUAAAUCUAGGAGCCGGUCUCGUUCUAGGUCUCCAUCGCGUACCGCACGAAGUAGGUGUGGAGGACCUGAUAGAAAUGAAGGUGAUUGUGGUUCACCCUCUUGGAAAGAACGCCGUCAGUAUGAUAACUGGAAGAGUCCUAGAGGUAAUGAAAGGUACAAAAGGAACGACCAAGAUAAAUCAAAUGAAAAUCUUAGAAGAGAGAGGCAUGAUACGAAUAGAGAGCGGCAUGAUGUUAAAGAUUCGUCAGAGCAGUACCAAGAAAAUAAAUCUCAGAAUGAGUACCCAGACUGGGUAGUGGAAAAGAUGAAAUCUUCAGAUGCUAGAGGUAAAGGAGGAAACAGGUCAGGAGUUUCUCCAAGAGGUUCCCACCGGGACAGUAAUCAUAGUCCCGGGGAUUCCUGGAGUAAAAGUCCUGGCAUGGAUUGGAAAUCACCCCGUGGGCGUGGCGGCCGUGGCAGAGCUGGUGUCCGAGGUGGAUUUGCAGACGGUGAAAAUCGUUGGAACAAUUGGCAGCCCUUCUCAGGAAAUUCUAAUAGCUCAGGGCAGGACUCCACAAGAUUCUCAGAGCAGAAAAACUACCGACCUAAAUAUGAUCAGGAACAGUUUGAUUCCCCUGCUGAUCGCUCUGGUUGGUCAUCUGCAUCGAGUUGGGCUGUUAGAAAAACUCUGCCUGCUGAUGUACAAAACUAUUAUUCAAAAAGAGGAAGAACCUCCAGUGGUUCGCAGUCCACAUGGCCAAAGCAGGAAGAGCCUCAAGACCAAGCCAUCAAGACAGAUCAGCCCACUCAAGACCAAGCAAACCAGCAAACGGAAAGUCCUCAUAUGCCCUUAAAUAUGGUGCCGGGUCAAAUGAAUGUAGUGCCGCAGCAAAUCAACCCUCCUCCCCAGGCAAUGAAUAUGUUUCCAUACUCUGUGGCCGUUCCUCCUCCUCCGUUGGUGAACAUGCAACACAAUCCAUAUAACAUUCAUGCACAGUUGCCCAUGCACAUUCAUCCUGGAAUACCACUUGUUCAGGUAUCUGGUCCUACCAACGUGUCUCAGGGAUUGCCCCCUCCACCGCCCCCACCUCCACCAUCCCAACAAGUCAACUAUGUUGCUUUGCAGCAAGAGGGCAAACAACUGCAGGGUAUUCCGAGUGCUUCUCAUGUAAGUAAUAACUUCAGUGCACCACUCUUGCCAGCUUCGGCAGCAGCCAUGGGUAUUGUUGGAACGGUUCUGGGACCUAACUCUGGUAGUGUAGCCUCAUCCGCUCACAGCAAACCACCACAUGCUUCUGUUAAAGCUCCAGUCCGAAGUGUGACAGUGGAAGCCAGUGCAGAUAGCUCCAAGAAAGAAAAGAAAUUGCAAAUACAGGAAAAAGCAGCAAAUGAAGUAAAAAUGGCAAUUAAACAGUAUUACCAAAAUAAAGACAUAACAAAGGAUGAAUAUAAGGAGAUAGUAAAGAAAGCAGUUGACAAGGUCUGCCAUAGUAAAAGCGGAGAAGUUGAUUCGGCUAAAGUUGCAAAUCUAGUAAAGGCAUACGUGGACAAAUAUAAACACUCUCGAAAAAAGGGGAUGGAGGAAAAAUGAAAGCUUCACUGGAACAUAUGGACAAUGGACCUCUAAUGUAACUGUCAAAGUGCAAUUUCAGUAUGUCUAAUUAACUGAAUUGUUCACAACUGUGAUUAAAAUGGGGUUUUGAUAAUUUUUAUUUUUGUGUAGUAAUGUUUCAUUACAUAUAGAGAUCUUUCAUUUCCCCCUCCCUCAAUGUUUCUUUAUUGACAGACUUAAUUUUUUUUGUUUUUACUAGCAAAGCUGUGUGGUUAACAACUAUGUGCAGCAUUUUGACUUUAUCAAUUGUGUGUAAUAUUAGAGAUGUUUAUCUCAAUACUUGGUUAUCCGCCAGGUACGGUAUGUACAGUCCAUGUAAUCUGUUGGGUAACUUCUGAUAGGAAUCACUUUUGAUUGUUUUUCCUCAUAAUUGUAGUGAAAUGUUUGGGUUUAUUUUUUUCCUUAAAUCAUUUUUACCCUAACUGGAUGCACUGUUUCAGUGUAUGUGAUGAGUGUCUGUAUCUUGAAAUAGAUCCUGUUUAGAAAAUAAACUUUCAGAAGAAUAGUAUGCUACUGCAAAAAAGUGUCCAACAAAUAUAUAUUUUUUUAACAUGGGCACAAACUAUGGCAACACCAAAUAAAUAUUAUGCUGCUUGUU